CGCGCUCCGGCGGCGCCUCCAGGGCGGGCACCGUGUUCGUCCCCGGGGCUGCCCCCGCCCCGAGCACACGCCGUGUGUCCCCCCGGGCGUGUCCCUGUCCCCGCUCCCGCCCCGGGCUCGGACCGGCCCCGUUGCCGUGGCAGCGGCGUCACAUCCGUCGGGGCCCGAUGAUGUAGGGCGGGAUCCCCGCGCAUCCGGUCGCUCGCACCGCAGCCGGGAGCGGGGCCAUGGGCGCCGCCCGCGAUGCGGAGCAGCAGCCGGGGCCGCCGGGCGAGGAGGGCCCGGGCGAUGCCGAGGAGCAGCUGGUCAGCACGAGCCCCUGGAACAUCAUGAUCAAGCACCGGCAGGUGCAGCGGCGCGGGCGGCGCUCCCAGAUGACCACCAGCUUCACGGACCCGAGCGUGUCUAUGGACCUGCUGCGCGCUGUGCUGCAGCCCAGCAUCAACGAGGAGAUCCGGGGCGUCUUCAACAAGUACAUGAAGUUUUUCCAGACAGCAGCAAUCAACGUGCGUGAUAACGUUGGGGAGGAGGUGGACCCGGAGCAGCUCAUCCAGGAGACCUGUCGGAGCUGCCUGGAGCAGGCCAAACUGCUCUUCUCUGAUGGCAAAAAGGUGGUUCCCAGGUUGCCCCAUGAGCAGGCAGGGACAAAGCGUGCCCGACAGAUGGAUGAGGAGCUGAGCCGUCGAGGGAGCCCCAUUCCCAAAAAGAGAAAGGGGCGGCCUCCAGGACAGAGCCUGUCAAACGACCGCGGGGUCUCGGGCAUGGCGGCGUGGAAGCUCAAAGUCUCUGAACCUGUGAGAAGGGAUGGACCAAAGUGGGAUCCAUCCCGACUGACUGAAACCACAACCUUUGUGCUGGGAUCUCGAGCAAACAAAGCUCUCGGGAUGGGAGGAACAAGAGGGCGACUCUACAUCAAGCAUCCCCACCUCUUUAAGUACGCGGCCGACCCGCAGGAUAAGCACUGGCUGGCAGAGCAGCAGCACAUGAGGGCCACUGGGGGCAAGAUGGCCUACCUCCUCAUUGAAGAGGACAUUCGGGAUUUGGCUGCCAGUGAGGAUUACAGGGACUCGGUGGAUCUGCGGCUGGAGGAACUGAAGCCCUUCAUCCCGCCGGCCUGGAUGACGGAGAAGAUGCAGAAACACAUGGAGACGCUUCGUCGCGGAGGGGACGCGCCGCCCCCCGAGGACCCCCCCGAACCCUGAGGCCUCGCCCCCAAAGGGCCCGCCCCCACCCCACCCCCCCGUCCCCCAAUAAAACCGCUUCACAGCCA